UGGAAAGAGAAAAUAAGUUCCAUCAGAGCUACACGUUGUGACGUUGACUCCUGAAGAAAUCUGUGCUGAAACUGCAGGGAAGUGUUCUCAAUCUUCAUCAAAGAGAGAAUUCCACUCCCCCAACCCCAGAAAUUCCAAAAAAGGCAGCUAAUCAACUUCCCUCUAAACGAAGCAGGUAAUCAAGACUGGGCUGUAACAGAUGUUGGUUUGGUUUCAUCAUUCUUCUAUCACAGCACAUGACUCUGAAUAGCUACUCUGGAGUUACACAAGUGUUGACAUUUCAAAGUUCAAACUGUCAGUGCAGCAGGAUACUAUAGGAUUCCAAGCCAAGGUUCAACUAUCUGAGGGGAACUUGAAUAAUGAACAGAAUGAGUCUUUGGAAGGAAAUGAAUAAAGACGAACUUAAUAAGCAGUAUUCUCCGAGCUGCUGGUCACACCGAAUGGACAAGGAUACUGUAAUAGCAGCUCAUAUCAAAGAAAUUACUAAAGGGACUGAACAAGGUCGCAAUGUAGCUCAGACUUGGUUGGAUGUUGCAUACGGACAAGGAGAUGGUGAAACCUUAGAUGUUUAUCUCCCUCCAAAUCCAUCACCAGCACCAGCUCUGCUGAUUUAUUUUCAUGGAGGUUACUGGCAGUUGCUGAGCAAAGACUUGUCUGGUUUCAUGGUGCCUCCAUUGAAUAAAGCUGGAGUAAUCGUUGUUGCUGUUGAUUACACCUUGGCCCCAAAAGGUAGUAUGGACCUAAUUGUAUCUCAAGUCCGACGUAGCGUAGCUUUUAUUGUGCAACAGUAUUCUUCUUUGAGUGGUGUUUACCUUUGUGGACAUUCUGCUGGUGCUCAUGUGGGAGCCAUGGUACUUUGUACUGAUUGGAAAGAGUAUGGUAUCUCUCCUGAUAUUAAAGGUGCUUUACUUGUCAGUGGGAUUUAUGAUCUCUGUCCAAUUGUUCAUACCUUUGUCAAUGAUCCUCUUAAGAUGACCGAGGCUGAUGCUCUCCGAAAUAGUCCGAUGCGAUUUGUGAAUAUCACGAAGCAGCUGAAUGGUAACUGUGAGAUCAUAAUCGCCGUGGCACAGCAUGACUCAGAUGAAUUUAGGAAACAAUCUCAAGAAUAUUACCAGGCUAUUAAGGCUGCUGGGUUGAAGGUCAGUUUUCAAGAUGUACCAAAUACAGAUCAUUUUGAUAUCAUAGAAAAACUAGUGGAUGAGAACUACUUUCUUACACAGGUACUGUUGAAAAUGGUGAUUAGAAGAUGAAUCAAUUUCCACAAAACUAGAAAAGCAUACACUAACUGUUCCCUCAUUGCUACAGAAAGAACUGUAGAUAUUCUUAGUUCCAGGCAAUUAACUCUGUAUAAUGCAAAAUGCUUGCAUAUUUCUAACAGUCUCUUAAUGCUAAAUAAUUAACCACUUGUUAAAUAUUAUGUAAUACUUGGGAUUGUAGUUAUACACUAUAUAUAAAACGUUUUUUAUUCUUGCCUCUAAAUUAGAAAGUUCUGGAAUAUGUGAACUGAUUGCAUAAAAUACAUAAUUUUAAAGUGUCCCAGCUGGCAGAUGUUCAGGAUAAUAUAAAUAUAGAUGAAUAUCCACAAGAUUCAAUUUCUUUCAUAGUCAGAUAUUUUGAUGGAAUAAAUGGAUACUGCAUAGGGUAUAUUUAAGGAACUGUAAACAAAUCAAUGUCAAACUUACAAAAGUUCCAAUCAAUCUGCACACAAAUCCUUUUGUACUGUGCAAAACUAAAUUAGAAGCCCCUGGUUUCAUUCAAAGUUUAUUAACCCUUAGCAACAUAAUUUCAGUGCCUCUGUAAAACAUCAAUUUGCAGUGUUACUGUUGGCCAUUGGUACAAUUUCAGUGAAUUACUAUACCAUUACUGUUGAAGUUAAAGUUAAUUCCAUUUCAUAUACAUUUUCUCCCUGUGCUUGAUUUUGCUUGUCUCUUCAUGGUUUGUCUUUGAUCUUGGAUGCUCAGAUACUGCCUAACCUGCUGCACACCAGCUGUUAGCAUGAAACCACAACCAACCAAUAGUCAACUACAGGAAACCUGCAGUAAUAACAAAACCUGGUCAGAAGAUUGAUCUCUACUGUAAGCAAUAAAGAUACAAAUUCACUUCGUUCAUUUUCUUUUGCUUAUUUUGAAUGCACUUUUAAUUAUUUGUGAAAAUAUUAAACAUGGGGGAAAAUUUGGCUAUGUGUGACAGUUGGACGAAACAGAUUAUGCUAUAUAUUCUCCAGGAAAUCUAUAGGGUUAGCAAAGCUAAUUGUUGGAGACGCCAUAUCUCAAGUUGUUCUAUGAAGUCUUAUCACAGGUGAACAUAAAAUAUCCAAGUUGAAAAGUGUGGUGCUGAAAAAGCACAGCAAGUCAGCAGCAUCUGAGGGGAAGGAGAAUCGACG